CGUUGACUCCGGAGGAGGCCCCGGUUGAUGGCGAACCUAUGGUCCCGUGCGCCCAAGGUCGCGUCAUAGUGGAGACAGCGCGGCCAGCGUUACCGUACUUCGCCACGUGCACCAGUUACCGCCGCCAGGUGGCAAGUACCAGCACACCGAACGAGAUAGCGGCCAGCGUUUCCGGCACGUCGUCGAGCACCACACAAACGGACCAACAAUCGACCGGUUCUAGCGGCAACAGGGGCGCCAUCAGCAAGAACGCGUUGUUCUCGGCUCACAGCAUAGCGGCAAGGCCCGAGGACCUAGGUGUAAUACCCUGGCACUUGGAGGAUUACACGACCAUCGAUUCCUCGCCAUCGGGGCUCGUGGGCGAUCGGAGCUCGUACCCCUCGUACCCGCGCAUGGACACGGAAAUGAAGGCUGACGCGACGUCUACGAGGAACAGCAGCAUGGAGAGUGAGCUACCGCGGCCGUCCGCGGUGAGCGCCGCGCCCAGGAAAGCGUACAUGGAUCUGAGAGACGCCAUUGCCCUGCUGGACGAGACGUGUCCGAAUCAGGAGCCCAGCCCGUCCCUCACGCCGAGGACACCGAGGACACCGUUGACGCCACACCCGAGGAACAAAAGGGCGAGGUCGAAGAGCAGCGACAACUCGUCCAGCUACAGCAACGAACGGCUCAACGAUCGAUCGUUCGAGAAAGAGGGCAAAGAGAAGAAGCGACCGUUCCUGAAGAAGAUCGGCAUCUCGAAGACGGAGGACAAACCGUUUCUGGCCAAGCUGGCGCCUAAGAUCAUCGGCAAGCCUUAUUUGGAGAAGAUUGGGCCUAGCAAAGCGGUGGAGAAGCCGUUCUUGGACAAGAUCGGAUCGUCGAAGACGUUGGACAAGUUCACGUUCGAGACUCCGCGUUACGAGAGGAGGGUCGAGGCGUGGAACGAAACGUGCACGGAGGAUGCGGGACAGAAUGUCGAGGAAGAGGUGAGACAGGAGGAAAGGAGGGGUGGUCAGAAGAGCACGAGGUUGGAGCAGUCGUUUGAUAUUCAACGAAGGAAGUCUGGAAAGGGUCCUUUGUUGAAGAUGUACUCUUUCGAGACCGAGGACUUGGACUCGACCGUUCAAGCGAAGGACAAUCGAGAUCCCCUUCGAGGCGCCUCUUUGGACGACGUUCUGGAUUCUGGGCCUAGCUCUUUGCCAUUGGAGACCACUGCGACGAACGAGUCACCGAAACCAGAAACGAAGGAACGAGUUGGCAACGGGGCUGAAUUGGUCAAGUGUCGCGUCACGACCAGCGAGGAGAUCAUCUUUACGAACACCAGCGUUGGCUCUGACAAGGAGCCCAAUAGUUGGGGAAAUUCGCCGAAGAAGAAAUGGCAAUACAAGAGAGACUCGUCGACGCCGAAAACGCCCGCGCAUCGGAAAGUGAUCCAAAGCUCUCAGAACAUUGAUCAGAGUCAGGAUAGUAUUCCCAAUUCCCCGAUGAAACGUCCCAUUUCAUCCGUUCUCACCGGUCAAGAUGAUUCACAGGCUGACUCCUCGGAGAAGAACAUUUAUUCUCCAUUGAAGACCAGAAGGCAGACGUACGAAGAUUUGUUGGACAGAAAUGGUAAAGUUCAAGACGAAAAGGUAGUAGGGAAACAAGCGCAGUUCGAGAGACGAGGCAUCUCCUCGGAUAAUCUUUUGUCCAAGGAUCGUUCCGUUGCCUCGAUCGGGUAUCAGGAGAGUAAUCAGAUCGAGAAAGCCAGAGAAGCAUCGUCAGAGGAUUAUCUGGCGCACAAGAUUGGCCAAGAGUACACGAGGGAAACGUUUAAACAACUUCAGGAUAAGUUCAGGUAUCAUGAAAUACCCACUGAAACGUAUGCGGAUUUCAAAAGACGCACGAGAGGCAGUGUUCAAAGCAUAAUUGGAAGGCAACAAGAACGAUUGAAGGUAAAUAAUAUCGCGUCAGAUGUUCGUGACGAGAGUUGCAAAGACACUUUGAAAACGGAGGAAGAAUCGGUAAGCUCGACUCCCGUCAACAUGGAAACGGAUCUUUCGACUUCUGACGACAAGAACGAGAUAGUACGAGUCCAUACAGUCAGAUCGGUACUGAAGAAGCAGCAAGGUAUAGAUCAGCCUAGUGAUCAAGAAUUGGAUACCAAUUCGUCUAUAAGGCGACCAAAGAGAAGGAUUUUCCACGAGCCGUCCCAGGAGACGAUGGACUUGUUGACUGAACUGAGAAAAGUGAAGAGUUUGUUGAAAACUCCAUCGUGGGAGAAGGAUCUGGAGCUGGACAAAAAGCCGGUCCGACAGCCUAAGCGUAUUUUGUUAACCGACAAAGAAUUCUGUCUGUCUGUUGAGCGGGAGAAUAGUAUUCGCCGUCCAUCAAAGGUGAUCAAUUCGUUGCAGAAAACGGAGGAAGGAGAGACGGAUGGGAAGCAAGGAGAUCGAGAGAAAGAGGAACAGAGAGAGGAGGAGGAGGAAAACGAAGAAUCGGAUAGGAAAAUUCCUGGCCCGGCUCUGUUCGAGAAGAAGUGUUUGUCGUUGGACUAUGCCGAUGACGAGAAACCGCAGAGGUCGGAGGCUAGGGCUAUUUCUUUGGCCUCGACCAGGAAUUUGCCUUCAGAGACCGAGGAAAUGAUCGAUUACUCGGACUUGACGUUGAUAUGCGACUCGAAGAGCUAUUCGUCGGACGUGUUCAACAGUCCAACGGAUGAAACGAAGGAGCGCGACAACGAGUUGGAGAGAAACGUUCCGAAGGAGAUGAGUCGGAAUCACUGCGUCGAGGUCGAUAUCGCGAUUCCUAUCGAUCAGAGGGCGGGCAGUCCGAAGGAUAGGGUGGAAAUUCAAGCGAGGACUAGCGAUCUUUACGAGAUUAUAUCCCCCAGAUCAACGCCUUUCCGAGUGAAAAAGAGGCUCGGGAAGAUCUCUGUCGAGGAGACAGUCAAGCCGGAGAGUUUCACCCUAGGUUCUAAGGUCGACUGCCGAUCCACCGUUGCCCAGAAACGGACCAAGUGCUUCCCUUUAUAACGCACGCCGACCUGCCAGUGGGCGAAACGCUCUCUGACGACAUUCAGUGUUUGUCUUCACUCUGAAGGAAAUUUGAGGCGAGAAUAAUGGCAAAUCUGCCGAUCGCAAUUAAUUCUUCUGAUAAGAUUGAUCGGUGCUCGUAGAAUCGUGAAUUGGAACUGUACGGGGUUGGUCAGAAUCAGAGGGGUUAACACAAUUGGUCUGGUUUACUGCCACGCCUUUAUCCUCGCCCUCUAUUUCUAUCAGGGCGAAACUGGCAACCAAUAUUCGCAGUUGUUCUUGGGGAUAAUUGUCUAAUCUUCAAUUUUGAUUUCCCUUUUAUUUAUCGAAAAAAAAAACACAAGAUAAGAAGAUUAUGCUUCUUUAUCGAAUUUAAAA